AUGACUAAGAGCCAAAAGAAGAUCUUUUACGAAAAAGAACGCCAACGAUGGAAUCGGCUAAGGGCAGCCGACCAGCAGCAACAACAGCAGCAGCAGCAGCAGCAGCGAAACCAAGUGCAGCCGCGCCAGGAAAUAAACAACCGCUACAGGUGGACUGAGUUCUACCAGCAGUUGCCGGAGUUGUCAAAGAUUUCAGUCGACAGGUGCGCUUUCGUGGAAAAUCCGGUCCAUGUCGAGUAUCACGUGUUCGUGCAUACGUUCGAAGCGGCCUACGGAGCGUGCAUCUACGCUCGAUCGAUCAGCCAGUCGGGGCUGGUCAAAAUUUCGCUGUUGGCGGCCAAGUCGCGUCCCGCAGGGUUGAAAAAGGUCACUUUGGCGAGGUUGGAGCUGUGUGCAGCUUUGAUUGCAGCAUGGCUGUACCGGAAGGUCGUGCAAGCCCUCAAGAUGGAGGGCACGGAGAGUUGGUUCUGGUCGGACUCGACAGUCGUGCUGGCGUGGCUGAGGUCACCGUCGUACGUGUGGCCCACGUUCGUUGCGAACCGAGUCUCGCACAUCCAGGAGCUGACGAAAGGGCAUCGCUGGAACCACGUCAAGGGGACUGAAAACCCAGCGGAUCUCGUUUCCCGUGGAGUCAUGCCGAAAGAUCUCGUUGGAUUGCGGCUGUGGUUCUACGGUCCGAAGUGGUUGGAGUCUUUCGAGGAGUACUGGAGCAGAGUGAAGCCUUUGGAGGUCGACGAGCCUGCUGAAGAGCUGCUGGAGAAGAGGGAGAACGUGCUGAUCAUGUCUGCUUCCCCGAAACCUCACCCGCUCAUCGAUCGUUACGGCAGUUACUGGAAGCUGCUGAGGAUUACGGCGUACUGCGUGAGGAGGCAAAGUUCGCGCUCGUGCGCGGCGUGCAGCAGGAACCACCGACUCGUUCCGGCUCACUCGUCGCUGAAGCUGCUCAACCCGUUUCUCGACCAGCAGGGCAUUCUGCGCGUUGGUGGCCGGUUUGGACUCGCAAGCGAAGCGUACUCUAUCCGACACCCCAUGAUCCUUCCCAGCAGCAACGUUUUCACGCGGCAAAUGGCGUUCGCGUACUACGAAACCUCGCUCCACUCUGGCCUCCACUAUUGUGGCCCUGUCUACCUGAAGCCCGUACACCGUCGAGCAACUGCGCAGAAGGCGUACAUCGCGGUCUUCGUGUGCUUCAGCACGAAAGCGGUCCACCUGGAGCGGGGAGCAAGCAACCACCUGCGCGAGCUGCUUCGAGACACCAAGGUAAUCACGGAGAUCACAAGCGAAGCGUCCCGCCGUGGGAUCGAGUGGAAGUUCAUCCCGCCGAGAACGCCGAACUUCGGCGGCGUAUGGGAGGCGGCCGUGAAGUCGGCCAAGACAUCGCUCGUCCGUGUGCUGGGUCAACGACAACUUUCGUUCGAGGACAUGGCGACCGUCCUCACCCAGAUCGAAGCGGCCAUGAAUUCGCGCCCGCUUACCCCGUUGUUGGAGGACCCGGACGAACUGGACGUGCUCACGCCCGAGCACUUUCUCGCAGGAUCGUCGCUGCUAGCGAUUCCGGAUCCGGACUACACGGACGUUCCCCCGAACCGGCUGCAACACUACCAGCAACUGCAACAGCUGGUGCAGCAACAUUCGACCCAGCUGAAGGCUGGACAGAUGGUGAUCCUCAAGGAGGACAACAAGGCGGCUAUCGAGUGGCCCCUCGCGUGGAUCGUUGAGGUCUACCCAGGUCCCGACGGCGUCGUCCACGUGGUGAAGCUGCGUUUGUCGAACGGUGCGUUCUACAAGCGGCAGUCCGCACGUAUCUGUUUGCUGCCGUUCGAGAAUGACUCGGCGGUGCAGCUCACGAACACCUUCAACCCUCAACCGAGACAAGGCGCAGCGUAG